AUGAGACGCCCUACGUGCAAAGAGACCGUCGAGCAACAAUACGAGGAAUCGGUUAGCCGUAUCAACGAGCUAACCACUAUAAACGCGAAUAUCGUCACAUCAAAAGCGAAACUUGAACAAGAGCUAUCUACUCUGGCUGGCGAUUACGAGGAAGUGACUAAGGAGCUGAGAGUGAGCGACGAGAGAUACCAACGGGUACAAACUGAACUGAAACAUACCGUUGAGAUUUUGCACGAGGAACAAGAGCGUAUCGUAAAGAUCGAGGCCAUUAAGAAAUCCCUCGAAAUCGAAGUGAAAAACCUAUCCGUGAGAUUGGAGGAAGUCGAAGCAAACGCUAUCGUUGGUGAUUCGCGACUUGGAGCUAGAACUCGACGAAGAGAAGCGCCGACACUCCGAAACCGUGAAGAUUCUUCGCAAGAAAGAGCGCACAAUCAAGGAGGUGAUGAUCCAGUGAAUCUCUACAAGAGGCAAUUGCAAGAGCAAGAGGGCAUGUCCCAACAGAGCGUGACCAGGGUCCGCCGAUUCCAAAGAGAACUGGAAGCUGCUGAAGACCGAGCCGACACGGCCGAGAGCAAUUUGACUCUGAUCCGUGCAAAACACCGCAGUUUCGUCACCACCUCCAGCGUGCCCGGUUCUCAGGUGUACCUCGUCCAGGAGACGAGGUCUGACCUAUAA